UCGGGCCAAUACAAAGCGGCCUUGGAUUGACAAGUCGUUUGACGGACAAAUUUGUGGAUAUAUUUAUAUGCGUUUCUUCAGAGCAUUAUCCUCCUCGUUCAAUUUUUCUGUUGUGUGCUUCCGCCAAAUUAGGGUUUCUCGCGAAGUCUGCUAGAAAUUUUGAUUUCCAGACAGGUAAAAAUCAUGGGAGACGUUGAUGAAUUUCGCUGUUUUGUGGGAAGCCUUUCCUGGUCUACUACUGACAGAGGCCUGAAAGAUGCAUUUGAAAAGUUUGGUCGUCUGAUUGAGGCGAAGGUUGUUUUGGACAAGUACUCAGGAAGAUCUCGUGGUUUUGGUUUUGUUUCUUUUGAUGACAAGAGAGCUAUGGAAGAAGCUAUCGAUGCUAUGAACGGCAUGGACUUAGAUGGCCGUAACAUCACUGUGGAAAGGGCCCAACCCACUCAAGGUGGUUCUAGGGACCGCGAUGGAGACUAUGACCGUGGUCGUGAUCGCGGGCGUGAUCGUGGUUAUGGAGGGGGUUCAAGGGGGGGUGGCGGUGGCGGUGGCGGUGGUGGCGACUGUUUUAAAUGUGGUAAACCAGGACAUUUUGCUCGUGAAUGCCCUUCCGAUGAUGGAGGUAGAGGUGGUGGUAGGUAUAAUGGAAGAGGGGAUAGGAGAGGUGGUGAUCAUUAUGGACCUGACCGUGGAGGAGACCGAUAUGCUGGAGGAGGUGGUGGUGGUGGUGGUGGACGUUACAGGGGUUCUGGUGGUAGCCGAUCAGGGGGAUACGGGGGUGAUAGGUAUGGUCGUGACCGAUCAGGACCGUAUGAGAGGCCAGGAGCCGGUGGUUAUCGCUAAAUUUGAAUGCUUUGUCGAAGAUGCUGUUCUACAAGAUAAUCUUCACAAAGAGGGGGGAAAGCUUUUUACCUAGUUGUAAUCUAGUGGAUGACAUCUUAUGUGGUUUCAGACUUGGAAUGCGUAAUUAGAAUUGCAAAAUUUUCUGUUUCUCAUCGAGAAGGCAUUUGUCCCUCUGUGGGAGAAUUUCUAUUUCAGGUGCUCAGUGAUGUUAUGAUGCGAUCUUAUGCUUGUUUGAUGGUGACAUCUGAUUUGGCUCUUUAGAAAUAUGAAUCUUGUUUUCGCUGCCAUACCUGGAUUUACAUCCACGUGCAUUGCUCUUUCUUGGAUGCAAACUGGUUUCGGUGUUUGUUAGAGGGAAUUUGAAUGGGUUGAGCGCCAUGAUCCUGAGUAUAUAUCCGUUUUGAUUGUUAUGAGCUGUGUACGUGUUAUUGGAAGGGUGCAAGGUGUUUUGUUCUUGUGGCAUUGUCUCUUACUCUUUUCUAGUGUUCCUAAUGCCCAUUUAAAAACGAAUUUCAGAAAAACAUUGAGCUUGGUAAUUUCCUAUUAUACUUCGCUGUUUGUUUAUAUUUCACUAUCAUAUAUGAUAUAUUAAUUGUUUUGUCCUUUUGGCAGGCUAUAUAUUGGCCUUUUGUGGUACAUGGUUGGGUUCCUUUGUUGAUAGUAUUGUUCUACUAUGUGUCCAUAAUUUGUUACGAAAAUUUUUAUAGCGCGUUGGGAUUUCAUCAGUGAGAUGAAUUUGAGAGGCUCCCUCUAUACAGUGCAGUAAUUUUGCUACGUUACAGAUGGAAUGCAACAUUGGUCUUUGCUAGGUUCAUGAUCUUAAAGGCAUGUUCUUUUUACAGAGAGUGAUGCUCGUUUGAGUCAUUUCUUUACUUCCUAUCAUGCGAGCCUGUUUCUCAACAAGUUCCUGACAACUGGGUUAGCCUUUACGGGUGGUUUUUCCGUUUAGAGUUCUUUAUUAGGCUGGCGGACUUAGUAAGAGAGAAUCACAUUGUCCCUUGGAAUCAGUCUGCGUUGCUGUUUUGUCGAGUGGACUUGCCUUGUUCUCCUACUGAAAAUGCAACUUGCUCUUUUUGUGGAGUUGGCUGCCUUGUUCAGUUCCUACUGAGAAUGCAACAUGCUCUUUAUGUGGAAUGGGGUAUCUUGUUCGGUUUCUUCUCUGAUUGUGACUUUAGUGUCAAUGGUUUAAUAGUUUGUCAUCUUUCUGUUCUCAUCUAUAGACUGGAAACGGUGAGAUGUUUGGUGACUUCCGAGUACUUCUGAUCUGUUUUACAGGUGACAUUUAAAUGACUAACUGCAUUUUUUUUUUUGGAUGCUGUCCCCCACCUUUUUUCUCCGUUGUGUGGUUUUUAAUUAGUUGGUUAGGGCGUUUGAAGAACAUAGAUUAUGGUAUAAUAGGGUCUUAUUGAUAGUUAAUUUCUUAGUUUAAGGCUAGGCCAUGGAGUGCUUUAGCAAAACCUGACUUAGUACUACGAUUGUAAUGUCUGUUUUAUGCAUUGAUUGUGCUGAAUAGAGUAUUAGAAUGUUCCCCUAGGCCCUUAGUGCAUGCUGUAGGGUACCACAUUACUAUAUCUAUAAGACUAUAACUGUUGUCUGAUAUAUGCAGAGCAUAAACUUUGGCAUUUGAACUCUUCUUUGUCUUUCAAUUAGCAAUGAUAUACUCCAUUUUUCCUUUUUUUUACGACUGCUAUCUGUUACUUUCCGACUGUGCAUACUGGUUAGUAAAGUAGGAGCGUUGGAAAUUCAAAAUUUGAUUUGUGGAAGUAGUUUAAGUUAUGUUCGGCAGCUGUGGACUUUUACUGGGGUUUUGAAUUUACAUAUUUCUUCUUGCCUCUAUUUUCCUCUCCGCUUCCAUAUAGCACUUAAUACUUUGCUGUGCAGUAAGGUGUUUUUUAGCUUACGAGGUCUCCAAAUGCUUGUGUUUUACUGUUUAAUAGAAUCUUGUUUUGCUGCCUAUUGAAAGUCCCAUUUGUGUCAAUUUUUGGCUAUGUUCCAAAAUAGGUGUUGAAUUGCAUCAUUGCAUGUAUACUGUCUUCAUUUUGCGAUAUUUUCAUUCACAAGUUCUUUCGGUAGGGAGGAAUAGAGCAUUUUGAUUCUUGUUAAUUGCACCCGAUGAUCUAUGAUUGUGACGGUGGUAACUUGAAACUUGUGUGGGUAGCAUUGACAUGUUCCUGCUUCUGUUCCUGCUCGUGCCUUUUAGUCAGAUGGUAUAUCGACAGAAUAGUCGAGGAAAUGAAGCUAGAGGAAUUUGAACAAGGUUGGGUUUGUUGACUGAUUUUGUUCGGUACGAGGACUAAACAUGGUUGGGCGCUCGCUCGUAUACAAUUCUGCCAAAUUGAUAGUGUGGGCAGGGCCUUUUGUUUAAAUUGGUAGCCUGAUAUGUAGUUAUGUACAUGUAUCAUUAUGAAAUAACUGUUGCGUUGUUGAUCAUUUGUGUGGAGAAGGGGUUGGAAAUUCGUUAAUUACUUGCUCAUAUUUUUUUCUUUCUCUUAUUAUUAUUUUUGUUUUUCUUGAUUAGUUCACGUUACUAAAGGUCUAAAGGUAAUUUAUUUA